AUAAUAAUAAUAAAAAAGAAAAAAAAAAUUAUGGUCACUGACCACUACUUCUCUUCUUCUCUCUGAGAGCUUUGCUUUCACACACUGCCAUUCAUUCUCUGAAUCUCUUCAGCCUGAACCCUUCUCGGAAUCCAAUUCCGGCAACCCUUUUCUCCCUUCAAACUCUAUGACUCCACAUUUUCUUCUUCUUUCAUAUUCUCUUUCCCUUUUCACUUCAUUUCCCUUUCUCUCUUUCUUACCGAUUUAUGGUAUAUUCUCUAGCGUUUGAAUCUCAUACUCUGUUGUUUUGUACUCAAGCUCUCAUUUUUCUCAGUUGCUUAACUCAAAGUUUGUUUCUUUGGGGGUUCAGGACCAGUAAUCUAACCAGAAAGGAACUCCAUUGUCAGUUAUGAAGUGAGUUUCAGUUACUUCGCUUUUUUACUUCUCUGUUUGUUUCUCGGGAAAAUGUUGCUCAGGAAGAGAAAAACGGAGAAAACGAAAUCUACCCUUCUAAGCUUUUCAUAUGAAGACUUAAUUUUGGUACUGAUCUCUCUCUCUCUCUCUCUCUCUCUCUCUCUCUCUCUCUUGCUUCUUUAUAUUUUUGCGAGUAAAUUCUGGGUUUAGCAUCUAUUGGUGAAGCUUAUACCAUAACUGGGUUCUUUAUCUUAUUAUAUUUGGGGUUUAAAAGUUUGUAUUUUUCUAAAAUUUCCUGUGUUUUCCUUAUCAUUGUACAUGUUUUUCAACUUUUUGAUCCUGAAAGUGAUUGCAUUGCCAAACUAUGACUCAAUUGGCUUGAGUUUUGGGUCCCAUUUUUUUUUUCUUUAAUAUUUUUUCUUUUCAAGUUUCAUUCAACACCCACUUUCCUCAUCAGUCAUCCUUGGAUAAAUCAUAGAAAAAAAAAAAAUCUAAAAUUUCCUCACUUUACAGCUCAUUCAUGUCCACCCAGUUUUUCUAUCGAAUUAGUAGGUCUUAGGCAGCCUACCGUUUUAUUCACAUUCAAAGUUCUCAUUUUUACUCGUUAAUUUUGUUGUAAUGGGCCCAGAUAAUAUUAAGCACGAGAUAGUUUUGAUAUGGUCUUGGUGGCAUGCUACACAGGCUUCUUCAACAAAUCCCUGGAGUUUGACUCUCCCUUUGUCAGUUAUGUUUGAACCAAAUGGGUAUCUGUUUAAAUGGUCCUUUUCCUUCCUCCUGUGUCUCUCUGCUGGGUUUUGGCUGCAACCUGUUGUUUCAAAGAUUCCUUUGGGUUCAAAACUUUCUGUGUCUGACAAUAAGUUUUGGGUUUCCCCUAAUGGUGACUUUUCAUUUGGAUUCUUUAAUGGGACGGAGCAUCCGAAUUUGUUCAGGGUCGGGAUUCGUUUCAAUUCGAAAUCAAUUCCAGUUGAGAAACAAGCUGUUGUUUGGGUUGUGGGAGCUGAUAUCAUGGUUGGUAAUAGUUCUUACUUCAGUCUUACCAUGGAUGGAGAAAUGAAUUUGUUUGAUUCUUUGAAGGGUGUUAAUGUAUGGAACAGCAAAACAAGUCAGCUUCCUAUUGCUUCGGCUGCUCUUUAUGACAAUGGCAAUUUUGUUCUAUUGACUGAUAAUGAAGAUAUAGCUUGGCAAAGUUUUGAUUUUCCUGCUGAUACACUUCUUCCAGGACAAUACUUUUCUGCUUUGCAUACACUUCGAGCUGCGAGUAAGAAUCAUAUGUCGAGUUACUACUCGCUUUUCAUGAAUGCUUCGGGUCAGUUGCAACUAAGGUGGGAUAGUCAUUUCACCUAUUGGACUAGUAGUAGUCCGAUCGGUUUAAAUUUCACAGCUUUGCUCACAUCUGAUGGGACCCUACAAAUCCAAGACCAGAGGCGGGAUACCAUUUGGUCGGUUUUUGGAGAAGAUCAUAAUGAUACAGUUCAUUAUCGUUAUCUCAGGCUUGAUGUUGAUGGUAAUCUGAGGCUUUACUCAUGGGAAGAAGCUUCACAAACAUGGAGACAUGUCUGGCAAGCUGUUGAGAAUCAAUGCAAUGUUUUCGCCACUUGUGGUUACAAUGGCAUCUGUGUCUAUACAGAAACAGGUUCCCAAACUUGUAAAUGCCCAUUUAAGCUUUCAAACGAGUCCAUCCCGAGGUGUACAAUUCCAGGUCGACAGAAGUGCAGAUCUGGUUUGAACUUGCUCAAUUACAAGCACACUUUUUUGUACGGAAUGUACCAAAAUGAUGAUUUAGUUUCGGGCAUUAGUUCACACCAAUGUGAAAGCUUAUGCCUAAAGGAUCCACUUUGUACAGCUGCAACCUUCAUGAACGAUGGAACUGCUCGGUGCUUCAUAAAGAAAACUCCAUACGUUAGUGGCUACUCUGAUCCAUCACUGAGUUCAGUAUCAUUUGCCAAGUUGUGUUCGGAUCCAAUUGCUGUUGAUCCCAGUAUUGUGGCAACCACCUCCUCCGAAGAAACUCCACAAAAAGGCUCUAAAUUUUGUGUCACUUGUGUAGCUGGAGCGGUCUCUGGAACAUCGGUUUUAUUUGUGGUGGUUCAGUUGGCAAUUGUUUUCAUUGUAUAUAAAAGAAGAAGAGCAAUGAAGAAAGCUGUUUUAGGAUACAAAGGCCCGAACUCGAAUGGUUUGACUGUAUUAUCCUUCUCAGAAAUCAAGGAUCUUACUAAAAACUUUGAGCAGCGAAUUGGUCCUACAAUGUUCAAAGGAUUGCUCCCGAACAAGCAACCAGUUGCUGUCAAAGACGUAAAAGCAACAACCACCGAAGAAAGGAAAUACCGAGUUGCUGUUUCGAAGAUAGGAAGCAUUCAUCAUAAGAACCUUGUGAAGCUAAAAGGCUAUUGUUGUGAGUUAAACCACAGAUUUUUGAUCUACGAAUACGCUGAGAAUGGUUCUUUGAGUAAAUAUAUUGAAGAUUCUAAACUUUGUAAGAAGCUAACUUGGGGAAAGAGAAUUGAGAUAUGUAUGAGUGUGGCAAGGGCUCUUUCUUAUUUGCACACAGGUUGCAGGGAGUUUGUAAGUCAUGGAAAUUUGAAAUGCGAAAAUGUAGUGUUGGAUGAGAAGUUAGAAGCCAAGGUGAGUGAAUUCGGGCUUCACAAUGUAGCCAGCGAAAUGUCAAGCUCGGGCUUUUCUGCUGAGAUGGAUGUAGAAGAUUUCGGGAAAAUGGUAUUAACAUUGAUAAGCGGGUGUAAAGAAGAUGGCGAAGUUUCUCACUGGGCUUACAAGGAAUGGAUCGAAGGAAAUGGUUUAAACGUAGUAGACAAAAGGAUCAAUGGCGGGGUUGAUUCAGAAAUGCUGGACCGAGUGUUGAGAAUUGCGUUUUGGUGUGUGCAAAUGGAUGAACGAAUGAGGCCUUCGAUGAGGGAAGUGGUGAAGGUGUUGGAAGGAGUACUAAGUGUUGAUCCACCACCCCCGCCUUUCACUUCUCAGAGGCAACGAGAAGAAGAAGAAGAGUCGUCGGAUGCAGGCUCAGAACUAGAUUCCGGCCGGUUUUGAAGUAUUCUUUUUCAAUUUUUGUUAGUAUAUUUUUUUUUUGGUGUCAUUUGCAAGCUGUGAAUAUUAGGAAACUAACUAUAGGAUGACAAUUUGGCUCAUAUGGUUGUUUGUUGUUGCCAAAUAUUUUUCAUUCUAAUCCCAUCAUCAAAAUGUGUAGUUAUUAUUGUUAAGAGCAAGAUCUUGUAUUUGGAUUUGGAGAUGCUCCUUAAUUUAACUCUUCAGUUUAGCUUGUUGAAAA